AUGGGUGAUCAGGCCAAAUCUAACGAACUCAAAGAGAAGAUGACCGAGCUCCAAAUUGAAAAUCAAUCACUCAAGUCCAAGAUUGAGCUCAUGCAGAUGAUGUCCUCUAAUCAUCUUUUCAGCUCCCAGCCAGUUCCUUUCGGCCGCAUGAACUAUCAAGGAAGCAAUGCCCAUAAUGGUUUACCCACUGCAAACUCCUCCACUAGUUACCCAAUGAGUGAACUUGACCCAACUCUCCAAAUGCAAACAGAAUGA